AUGAGGCUUUUACUUUUCUUUAUUUUGUUAGCAAUUUCUGAAUUAUUUGAAGCCUCGGAUUUUGCUGGUAAAGAUGAUGUUUAUAAUGAAGAUCAUUUAAAAAUGCAUUUAGAAGACCAAAUGGAAAUGGGUGAGAAGAAAAUGACGCAGGAUCAAGAACGAUACCAUUAUUUUACUAUGGCAGAUUCGAACGGAGCCAUUCACCACGACCAUGAAAAUGGAGAACAUCUCGCCUCACAAAGUGAUAAUGAAAUUGAAGAUAAGGUUGAUGGUGUAUUGAAAUCUUUUGAUUUAGAUGGUAAUUCUGUGAUUGAUUAUUCAGAAUAUAUAAAAGGAAUAGAAAGGGAAGAAUAA